UGACUGAAAGGAAGAAAUGCAACAAAGCGAUCGGUCAAGAAACCCUUCGGUGGAUGAUAAUGAACCGAACCUCAGUUGAAUAUUCCAAUAGCCGGUGCAGUAAUAACAAAAUAGCAAGAGCAAUUCCGAAAAACGUGCUGGUAGUUGAGGCACAAAUCGAUUCUGCCGCAAGACCUUACGGCGACGAGCACGUGGGCCGUAUCACUAAAACCGGAGCAACCACGGAGACCAUUAGUAAUAACUUGCCGGUGUUUUUUGGUCGCGGAAAUUGGAACAUUAUCAAGCGUCCGAUUAAAAGCACUAAAGAGCAAGAUAAAAGUAAGGGUAAAGGUAAAGACAAGGAUAAAGGUAAAGAUAAAGCUAAAGCUAAUGCUAAAGACACUUGUAGGCCCAGUGACAAUAUAAAGGCAUCUGUGAGGCCUAAGACGAGCUUGCAGUACUCGCAAAACCUAGAUGAGAUCAUAGAAGUGCUAACAGAUGAAGAAGAUGGAGAUUUUGAGGAAAAUGACAGCACAGAUUGCCUCGGAAAAUCGACUCCUACCUUCAGCAGCAGGCACCAUCGCCAGAACAACGGAAUUGUGUCAUUUGAUAAAGAACGGUCGACUUAUAUGACAGAGUAUCAGUGUAAUGAUAAAAAUAACACUGGAGAGAAAGAUGUCUGCGAGUUUGAGCCCGCGGGCGAUACUUGGGAGUCUCUAUCGAGCCGAAAAAGCUUACGGGGGAAAAAAAGCUCCUGGAAAGUCAAACCGCUUCGGGAAGCAACAAGAUGUUCUUCUUCUUCAACUAGUUCUUGCUCAAACAACCCAAGACCGAGCGGAGGAAACCAGUUGACCAGCAUUGUUGGCCAAAGGGACAACGUUUACUUGGAUAACAUAAAUACAAGCCGGAGCGAGGCGCAGCGACUGAGGAGCUGCGAUAACUGCAGACAGCCUUAUUAUUCUCCAGAAGAUAGGAUUUGCUACAAGUACAGCAAGAUAAAUUCCCCGGUAUCGUCCCCUAAUACCAAUUACAAUGAAGAGAAUAAUUACGAGCUGUUUGAGGACAGACAGGAUUUACCGGCGUUACUAACCUAUCGCAGCAGGUCCUUGCCCCAACUAUCCGUUCACGACAGCGGACUUGGCCACGAUAGCGGACUCGGGCAAGAUAACGGACCCGGAAAAUUCAACAAUUCAAAACUUGUUACGGAUCUUAGGCAAUUAUUGACGCUCAGACAGCAUUACUACCCGGAAAGCGGCUGGGGCUGGGUUAUUAUCCUCGUUGGCGUCUUUGUACAAGUACUUUCUCACGGGAUUCAUGGAGCUGUUGGUUUGUUUAUUCACCACGCGGCCAACCGUUUCGCUGUCCAGGCUUAUCUUGACGCAGGAUGGCUGGGAGCAAUGUCAACGGGUGUCGCUUUAUUAAUUUCUCCUGUGACAAUAGGGUUCUGCCGGAGAAAAAGCACUCGCGUGACAGCAGUACUUGGCGGUCUGGUGACAGCGUUAGGAUGUUUGUUUACGUCAUUCGCAACACAAUUCCAUCAGCUUUUUUUCAGCUAUGGCGCGGUAGUAGGCGUAGGAGUCGGUAUAACACGAGAUUGCAGUACCCUGAUGGUAGCGCAAUAUUUCAAACGCAAACGAGAAUUCGUUGAGAUUUUUAUCGUCUCAGGAAGUGGUUUGGGCAUUGCUAUCAUGUCGGCGUUCAUCAAAAGUAUUAUUGGGAAAAUUGGCUGGCGCUUAGGGCUCCAGGCGGUCACAGUAACUGUCUUUUCGACAUUUUUUUUGGGGACAUUUUAUCGCAGUGCUUCGCUUUAUCACCCACAACGACGGGCUAUUUUGCAUUUAAAAAAUCAAAAGCGAAAGAUAAAAGAAAAAAAUAAAGUCGACGAUAGACCGCCCAUUCUUGAUUUUAGUACUUUGAAAAGCAAAACUGUAAGGAUUUUAUUGUUGUCUACUGGGAUUUCUGCUUUUGGGAUAAAUACGCCUAUUUUUUAUCUGGCGCAUCAAAUAGAAGAGGAAGGACUAGGAGAUACAGUGAUUCUACUGCAAGCCUAUUUAGGAUUGGGCUGGACGGUAGGCUGCAUAACCUUCGGACUUUUGGUGAUAAGGCAGAAUGUCGAGUGUCGAAUUGCGCGGCAAUAUUUGGUCCAAACCGCGGUGUUUAUCUGUGGAAUUUGCAUACUGGCGCUUACUAUUGUUCAGGGCAAUUACUACGGGUAUGUAAUAUUUACCUGGAUCUAUGGAAUCUUCUGCGGUGGAUAUCAUUAUAGUCUGAAAAUGUACACGUAUGAACGAGUACGAGCGAGAAAUUUUGUACGCACUUGGGGGUUCGUUCAAUGCUCACAAGCUAUUCCUAUUGCGAUCGGCGUUCCUAUUUCAGGGUACAUAAACAUCAGUUUUGGCAAUAAAGCUGGUUAUUAUUUUAGUUCAACGUGCGUUUUAGUUGGUAGCUUUACAUUAUUUUUCAUCGACUUACAUAAACGGAACCUAUCCAAACAUCGAAGUGGAAAAACCAACGGCAUUAAGCACACGUGUAAUUCAAACUGCCCUAAAAAACGUGGGCUAUCAUUUAAUCAAGAACCCGAAAACGAUAACACACCCGGUGCCGGCGCUGUAGGCUUCAAUACGAGCUCCGAGCAUCCACCGGCUCUAGGUGAAAGCAUAAAUAAAAUAAGCGUCGACAAGCCCGAGUUGACCUGUAUUUCCGAAGAGGGUAUCGCGGACAUGGAUUUACCCGACAAUAUCCUCGACGACAUUGAGUAUAUCGGCGACUGUAUAACCUCCUGCAAUAAAGUCGAAAACUAUUUGAUGCUCUCCGAGUUCGAGAACAAUCUUAUUGCCGAGAUGCCGAUAAUAAUGGACCGCAAAGGACGGAAGUGGUCACUGGCUCGGUCAAAGAGUAUCAAAGCUAAUCAAAGCGCCGCGGGGCCCUCCACAAGUCAGAGUAUCCUCGACGAAGAUGACGUCAAGUCUAAAUGGCUUUUGAUGCCCGCUCCGAUUAAUAACCGAGCUAUCACUGUUAUCGAGGAAGCCAGCACG